UGAGAACAAAUAAAACCAGAAUCCACGACACGACACGACCCAUACAACUCAGUACACCAAUGGCGAGUGACUCACACACCACCUUGUCCCCUUCUUCUUCCCCCAAUCAAACCCUAAUCCCAGAAAUUCCCCAAAACAAACGACCCAAAACCCUAAUUCCAACCCCAACUUCUCCUCCUCCAUCAUCAUCCAAAGGCAAAGACUUGUUAAUCUGCAAUGAAUCGACAACGCUUUUCGAUUCGGCAUCGCAGUGCUGUGGAAUUUGCUUGUCGGAGGAUGGUAUGGUGGCCAUCAGAGGCAAGAUCGAUAGCUGCGAUCACUACUUUUGCUUCGUAUGUAUCAUGGAAUGGGCCAAAGUCGAGUCUCGAUGCCCCAUGUGCAAGCGCAGGUUCAGCUCCAUUCGUCGCCCCCCCAGGGACGGUGUCUUUCUCUCCGAGAGGGUCGUUAACGUGCCUGUUCGCGAUCAGAUUUAUCAUUAUUUUGGAAACGCGACAGUAGGACCUUCGGAUCCAUAUUCAGAAGUUCAGUGUACUGUAUGUGACAGUGCGAGAGAUGAAAGUCUUCUACUACUAUGUGAUCUUUGUGACUCUGCAGUUCAUACUUACUGUGUUGGUCUUGGUGCCACUGUCCCUGAGGGUGAUUGGUUUUGCCAGGACUGUACUGUUUCUAAAGCUGAACACAAGAAGAGUGAAACAGAUAAGGAUUGUGACAGUCAAAUGAGUUCUAUAAACUUUCAAAAAGCUCCACUGGCUGAAUCACAUGUUUCUAUACGAGAUAUUGUACGAGAAUCCAGCUUUAGAGAGCUUGAGAGACCUCCUACAGCAGCGUUGCCAAGUCCAACAGGUCUUGCAGAUAGCACAACUGACAAGGGUUCGAGAACACAGCCAAGCAUUGCACCAACUGCAACUGAUUCGGGUGCAAGAACAUUACGGCGUUGUCGCAAUGUACAGGGUCAUAUACAAACAUUACGUGAAAAUUGGAAUGCAUUCCGAAGUGGGUCUUUGAGUUUUACUUCCAGUUCAGUUGAUUCUAGUGGCAAUACAAAUCAGAGACAUAGCGGUGGUGCCAUUCUUUCUGAUAGAUCAGGUCAAACACAUUCUACACCUUGCUCAAGUCAGCACUUGGCUGCUCAGAAGGGUUCUUCCAGUGAUACAAUACCUAAUAGAAGCUCCUAUAAUGUAGAAAAAGCGUGGAAAAUGAUGGAUGUGGCAAAACGGGCUCAUGAAAGAGCCAGCGUCGUUAAUCAGGCCUCAAAACAUACUUUAAGCAAAGUAAAUACCCCAAUAGAAAAGGCUAAAGCGAGUUCUAGCCUCCUGCCAUCAUGUAGAAAACCAAUUGGAACUAAAGAUCUUUCAAACACUGUAUUACAAAAGCAAGGAAAUGAUAGACCACAGAUAGGUGUUAAACAAGAGCAGAGUAUUGUUACUACAAAGAGGAUUUUAAAAUUUGGAGAGACUUCGCUGAGUGCUCAAUCAUCCAGAGAUCAUGAGUUGCCAUCUUCUAGGAAGGCUCAGACUUCAGUUCAAGUUGAUGUUUGUUAUCGCAAUGGUGGGAAGCUACCACAAGAAAAUUUACCAGCAGUGUCAUCCAAUGUUUUUAAUGAACGUGACAGGUCUGCUUGCUUGAUUACUACUCCAGCUGGGCCAGUUACUGUAGCUUCAAAAGCAUCUUGUGCUAAACCAGACAUUGUCUCUUCCUCCAAGAUGAGACUUCCCAAUGAAAAAGCCACAGUGGACAAAAGUUGUGCUGGAAGCAAGUCUAGAAGAGAUGAUGAUGCCAAGAGUGAGAUUCAAUCACUUGUCAAGCUCAAUUUAAAGCUUCUAACCAGAGAUAGAAAGUUAGGAGUUGAUGCAUUUAAGGAAAUUGCAAGGCAUGCGACUCAUUCCAUCUUGGCUGCAUGUGGCUUAGAGCACCCAAAACCCGGUGUUCAUUCCUUUCCAAGCUCUGCAUGCUGCCAUACCAAUCAAGCUCAACAACCCCGAAUGUCCACUCUGAUGCCUAGUACUUGCAGAGAAUGCUUUUAUGUCUUUGUGAAGGAUGUUGUCAACGCCAUCAUGGUUGAAAAGAUAGGUUGUGCCUAAAUGUGCCUUUUUUGGGGCUGCAGAGAUGUCCAAGUGGACGCUUUUUGGCUAAUGUCAUUCCAGCCUUCCUAUACCUUCACCGGAAGGAAUUGAAAUUGUUUUUUGCUGCUUAGGUAAUGUUCUUCCUGUUAUUUCCUUUCAGCUUAUUUAUCUAGAAUUUUUAUUUUUUUUAAUUUUAAGUAUAGUUUAGAAGAGUUAUAAGUGGUAGUGCCUGUUUUGUAAACCUGUACCGUGUAAUUUAUAAAUUCAAGCAAUUUGUGGUUUAAAUA